UCUAUACCCAUAAUUCAUUCUAUAUCACUCACUAUCAUCAUCGUUUUCUCUCUGUUUUUUAGCCGUGAUUUGGUUUUCAAAGAGAAGGAGGCCAUCUUUAUAUGCUUCACCUCUGCUACUUUCUAGAGUUCCCUCUCUCUCUCUCUCUCUCUCUCUCUGAAAUCUCUCCUCUCUGAGUGAGUCCUCUACUACUACUUCUACUAAUACGGGUGCUACUGCUACUACUCUGCUCCCUUUGUGUGUGUGCUUCCCUUUUAUCUUGCUGAAAUAUCCCCUCUUAAAAAUAGGAGAAGAGAUUGCAUUUUAUCUAUCUAUCUGACUCCCCGGCCUGUUAUUAAGCUCAAGACAGAUACUACUUCCACAAAAAUUUUACAGUCAUCAUCAUAUCAUUCAGUACUAUUUGAAUCAUUAUUUCUCUUUCACCUCUCUUUUUAUUUCUUGAACCCAAGAGUUGAAUUAUUGAUUCAUCAAUCGCGAGGAGGAAGAAGAAGAAGAAAUCAAGAAAAAGACGCGUCAAGAAAAUAAAAGGUUUGAAGAACCAAUUUUGAUUGUUAAAUUCAGUGGUGGUAUUGCAAAAUAUGGCAUCAUCAUCAAACUCACCAUGUGCUGCUUGCAAAUUUCUCCGUCGAAAGUGUCAACCGGAAUGUGUAUUUGCACCGUACUUCCCACCUGAUCAGCCACAGAAAUUUGCCAAUGUUCAUAAAGUCUUUGGUGCAAGCAAUGUAACUAAACUGCUGAAUGAGUUACAUCCAAAUCAACGUGAAGAUGCUGUCAAUUCACUUGCAUACGAAGCGGAUAUGCGUCUGCGUGAUCCUGUCUAUGGUUGUGUAGGUGUUAUCUCGAUCCUUCAGCACCAACUUCGUCAAUUACAAAUGGAUCUUAGUUGUGCAAAAUCUGAACUCUCCAAGUAUCAAAAUGUGGGAAUUACUGGUGCUGCUGCACAUGGACUAUUUGCAGCGGCAGCCGCUGCUGCUCAUCCACAAAUGGGCAUUGGAUUAUUAACAGGAAGGGACCCUACUCACCAUCACCACCACCACCAAUUUUUCUCUAGAGAUCCUCAUCAACAAUCUCUUAGGAGUUUUGAUGGUAAUGGUGUUUAUGAUGCUAGUGGUCUUGUUGCUGCCAUGAAUGUUUCGUCAACCAUUGGUCAAUUAGGUCAAUUUCAUCAACCAAGAACUGCUGGAGGAGAUGAUAGAAUUGGACCUUCUUAGAGUUUCUUAUUAUGUGGUUUAAUGCUCUUAUGAAUCAAAAUCUUUUACAAUUAUUGCAGAUGGUCUAAAGGAAUGAAGUCUCCAGGGAGAAAGACGGAUAUGAAGAUGAUGAGCUUAAUAUUUUUCUAUCUUUUUUCUUCUUCUCCUUAAUGUCAGAAAUCCAUUGAAGGAAAAAUAGGUCUAUUAUCAUAUAUUUACACAAUUACUUGGCUCCUUUUCAAGUUCUUAUUUCUUCUUUUAUGCACAAAAUUUGUAGUAACAAAACUGUUGUCAUCAAUCUCUAU